UUAAGUCGUGAAGGGAGGUGUUGAUCAGCGGAGGCAGAGUGUAUAUAAACAGGGGGAAGCUGAAACCUCGAACAGCUGUUCCUGAGCAUCGUUUGGUUCCCUGCCGCUGUCUGAACACCUCAAGCUCUCCGCGGGAAUUUGCAAAAGUGAUCACAAGGCCACGCUGACCAUGGACAUAACCAUCAGCAUGCUGAACGGGACUUCCCACACCCUGAGGGUGCACCCUGAGGACACAGUGGGGUCUCUGAAAAUCCUCAUCCAGGACAAACUAGGAGUUCUCGCUGCAACGCAGAAGCUGGUGUUUGUGAACGGCAUGCACACUGACCUCAGCGACGACUCGAGGCCCCUGAGCUCCUACGGCUUACGACAUGGGGCCAGGGUGUCCCUGCUGGUGACCCAGCCGGUGACCAUCCAGGUGUUCCUCAGAAACGAAAAGGGGACGUUAAGCACCUAUGACAUCAAACCCGAUGAGACCGUGAGCCACUUCAAGACCAAGGUCCAGAGCAGAGAGGGGGUUCCGGUGAGCCAGCAGAGGCUCAUUCACCAAGGCAGAGAGAUGACCGAGGGCAGACUUUCCGACUACAGCGUUGGAGAGCGGAGCACCAUCGAAAUGAUGUUCCGUCUAAGAGGAGGCUGAGGACACUUCCAUAUAGUUAAUGUUCUGUAAUCUGUACAUUCCUUUAUUUAACCUAACUCAAGAUCAUAUAGCGCCAAAUGCCAUUUUGUAUUUAUUUGUAUUUUAAUUUUGAAAAAUCAUUGCAUUCCAAGUGUAAUUCUGCCAUUUCUCAAAAAUGAUUAUAUAUACAACCUCACACACACACACAGCAUGUUAUCAUUGGAUUUUGACAUGUUUUAAUAUGUUAAC